AUGAUCUGUCUCCCACAGAAUUAUUUGUUGAGCCCAUCAUCAUCAUCAUCAUCAUCAUCAUCAUCAUCAUCAUCAUCAUCAUCAUCAUCAUCAUCAUCAUCAUCAUCAUCAUCAUCAUCAUCAUCAUCAUCAUCAUCAUCAUCAUCAUCAUCAUCAUCAUCAUCAUCAUCAUCAUCAUCAUCAUCAUCAUCAUCAUCAUCAUCAUCAUCAUCAUCAUCAUCAUCAUCAUCAUCAUCAUCAUCAUCAUCAUCAUCAUCAUCAUCAUCAUCAUCAUCAUCAUCAUCAUCAUCAUCAUCAUCAUCAUCAUCAUCAUCAUCAUCAUCAUCAUCAUCAUCAUCAUCAUCAUCAUCAUCAUCAUCAUCAUCAUCAUCAUCAUCAUCAUCAUCAUCAUCAUCAUCAUCAUCAUCAUCAUCAUCAUCAUCAUCAUCAUCAUCAUCAUCAUCAUCAUCAUCAUCAUCAUCAUCAUCAUCAUCAUCAUCAUCAUCAUCAUCAUCAUCAUCAUCAUCAUCAUCAUCUUGA